AUGUUUACCGGGUCAGUGUGGUAAGUGGCUCCUCAUUACUUCAGACCAGAGGACGGUGGCAUUUCAGACGGGCCCUGGUGUCACCGCUGAGCUUUCUAUCAAAACUGUUUAUAUUUUUUUGUGUGUUGAUUCUCAGUGUCUCUAGUUUCGUGAAGAAGACGACUGAGAAGAUCAACACUCUCCAGAUGAACUCUGACCUUUGGCCACGCCCCCCUGACCCUAAGGAGGGGGGUCACGGACAUGUGGAGGCCCUAGCUACCACCGCACCGUUCCCAGAGGACGUUGACCACGAGUGAGUUGAGAGAUUGGCUUGCUUUCCUGUUCUUGUACUGAUCUAUGCUAUUGAUUCUAUAUACAGUGCAUUCAGAAAGUAUUCAGACCCCUUGACUUUUUCCACAUUUUCUUUUACGUUACAGCCUUAUUCUAAAAUUGAUUAAAAAAAUUAAAAAUCCUGUUUUUGCUUUGUCAUUAUGGGGUAUUGAGUGUAGCUUGAUGAGAAAAAAAACAACAAUUUUAUCAAUUUUAGAAUAAGGCUGUAACGUAACAAAAUGUGGAAAAAGUCAAGGGGUCUGAAUACUUUCCGAAGGCACUGUACUAUUUAUUCUAUGUACCAUUGAUUCUAUAGUCUAUAUUCUAUAGUCCGUCUUGGACAGCUUUAGAUAUUUCUGUGAAAUGGACGCGCUGCCAGACCAAAUGCUAGUCUUCCCCAAUCCUGUUGUGUUUUACCCAGGGAGUGUCUGGACCGAGCCAACGCAGAGACUGGACUACAGGAUCUGGUAACAGCUACAGAGAGAGCACUGUGAGUACAGAGAGAGCACUGUGAGUACAGAGAGGGCACUGUGAGUACAGAGAGAGCACUGUGAGUACAGAGAGAGCACGGUGAGUACAGAGAGAGCACGGUGAGUACAGAGAGAGCACGGUGAGUACAGAGAGAGCACGGUGAGUACAGAGAGAGCACUGUGAGUACAGAGAGAGCACUGUGAGUACAGAGAGGGCACUGUGAGUACAGAGAGAGCACGGUGAGUACAGAGAGAGCACGGUGAGUACAGAGAGAGCACGGUGAGUACAGAGAGAGCACUGUGAGUACAGAGAGAGCACUGUGAGUACAGAGAGAGCACUGUGAGUACAGAGAGAGCACUGUGAGUACAGAGAGAGCACGGUGAGUACAGAGAGAGCACGGUGAGUACAGAGAGCACGGUGAGUACAGAGAGAGCACGGUGAGUACAGAGAGAGCACUGUGAGUACAGAGAGAGCACUGUGAGUACAGAGAGAGCACUGUGAGUACAGAGCAACACUACUAACCUGUUUAUUAUGUAUGUCUACGGAUUGUCAAACAUCAUGACUGUACGGGACAUGGUAAUCCUAGACAUAUAACCCUCUAGGACAUGGUAACCCUAGACAUAUAACCCUCUAGGACAUGGUAACCCUAGACAUAUAACCCUCUAGGACAUGGUAACCCUAGACAUAUAACCCUCUAGGACAUGGUAACCCUAGACAUAUAACCCUCUAGGACAUGGUAACCCUAGACAUAUAACCCUCUAGGACAUGGUAACCCUAGACAUAUAACCCUCUAGGACAUGGUAACCCUAGACAUAUAACCCUCUAGGACAUGGUAACCCUAGACAUAUACCCCUCUAGGACAUGGUAACCCUAGACAUAUACCCCUCUAGGACAUGGUAACCCUAGACAUAUACCCCUCUAGGACUGCUGUUUCUAUUUUCAUGUCUUACAAAUCAAAGAUGUAUAGCUAAUCUUAUAUGUAAUACCCUUUUUAAGUGAACAGGGUUUUUAAUGUUCCAUGUGUGGUACCCAUCUUAGCUCUCAGAUCCAGGAUCCCUUGGUUCUGUUGGACCCAGCCUGUCUAAAAGAAACUCUACAGGAGUGGAUCCCUGUGUUGGAGAGGGUUCUAGGGCCCGAGCUGGUUCUAGGUCUGGAAAAGCAGGGUCCAGCUGGUGAGGGUCACCCCAGUGUGGAGGAGAUGAGAGGGGAGGAGACAGAACAUGCUGCAAACAACCAUCCAGAGGACGUUCAGUCCGAGACCCCUUCGAGCUCUCCUGAGGAACCGACAGAGGACGGCCAGGAGGAGGGGAGGAGAGGAGAGGAUUCCCCACAGCAGAAUGGAGGACAAGUGGACCUGAGCGAAGACCGGGACCACCACAGACCCGACGAGGCCUCCACUGAAGAGAACCUGAGGGUGCGGUCCCCCAAACCCCUCCCCUCAGACCUCCAGGCCCACCUUACCCAGCUGGCCACUCUGUACCUGGAGAUGAGCUAUUUUGGGGACCCUGUCGUCCAGAAAGACAGGGGUGUAGUAGGGGUCAAUGCAUUCUUGAGACGGUUCUUCUUCCUGCUGGACCAGGAGCGGGUGAGGAGGAUGUGUCUACUCCGCUAUGGGGACCAGCCUGAGGUCCACACCUCCUUCAUGGAGGCCAUGCUAGGUGUGUAGGACCGUUUCCAUGGUACUGACACACUCACGCACACUCUCACACACACACACUCACACGCACACACACACACUAUUAAAAGGCAUUUUCUCACCUGACAGAGCUAACCCUAACCCAGUCAAGUAAGGUGGUGGAGGUGAUCCAGAAAGGAGAGCUGCUCAAAUCUCUACGCUGUCUCAGAGAACUACAACCCUGGAGCGCUCCGAUGCUCCUCGCUCACCUGCACAGGUAGAUAAACCCUCCUUCUACAUUCUCCUCUCUCCUCUCCUCCUCUCUCUCCUCUCCUCUCUCCUCUUCCUCUAUCUCCCUCCUCUCUCUCUCUCUCUCUCUCUCUCCCCCUCUCCUCUCUCCUCCCUCCUCUUCUCCACCCCUCUAUCCUCCCUCAUAUCUCCCUCCUAUCUCUAACCCUCUCCUCUCUCCCUCCUCUCUCUCUCUCGCUCUCUCUCUCUCUCCCCCUCUCCUCUCUCCUCUCUCCCCUCUCCCCCCGCCCUCCUCUCUCCUCCCCUUCCUCACACCUCACAGCUCCUAGCUCACCUGCACAGGUACACUCACCUCAAUCACCUAGCUCUAACAGUCAACCACAGCUUCACCUAGCUUUAACAGUCAACCACAUCUUCACCUAGCUUUAACAGUCAACCACAUCUUUCCCUAGCUUUAACAGUCAACCACAGCUUUCCCUAGCUUUAACAGUCAACCACAUCUUCACCUAGCUUUAACAGUCAACCACAUCUUUACCUAGCUUUAACAGUCAACCACAGCUUUCCCUAGCUUUAACAGUCAACCACAUCUUCACCUAGCUCUAACAGUCAACCACAUCUUCACCUAGCUUUAACAGUCAACCACAGCUUUACCUAGCUUUCAACAGUCAACCACAUCUUCACCUAGCUUUAACAGUCAACCACAUCUUCACCUAGCCUUAACAGUCAACCACAGCUUCACCUAGCUUCAUCUAGAAAUCUCUUAAGCUUCCUUAGCAUCAUAAUGUCCUACAGUACGUCUCGCUCGUCUCUAGUUCACAAUAACAUUCUCUAAUCACCUUCCUCUCCUCUUUUUAUAUAGGUUGUAUGAGAAGCAUGGAGAGCUGGCGGUUCGCUCCUUCAACCAGUUCUAUCCCACAAUCCUCCCCUCUGACAUCACAGCCAUGGCCAAACGUAGCCACUUCCUGGCUUACCUGGACAACCUUGUCCAAUCACGGGCCGAGGAACAAAGGUAGGUUUACACUAAACCAUGAAGUACAAUGUUUUCUAGAUCCUUCUCUCCAUUUAAAGAGGUAAUGAAUGUAUCAAUAUGAAUACAUGUAGGUCGUGUUCAUUAGGGUACAAAACAGAAAACAUUUUAUAACUUUUUACAACAGGAAAUGAUUUACUGAACUAGUCAAAUCCAGGUUAUCCCUCUGUGCUUUUGAGUCUCCCGAGUGGCGCAGUGGUCUAAGAGAUCUAGAGAUCCUGGUUCGAAUCCAGGCUCUGUCGUAGCCGGCCGCGACCGGGAGGGGAGGGAAUGGCCGGCAGGGAUGUAGCUCAGUUGGUAGACAAUGGCGUUUGCAACGCCAGGGUUGUGGGUUGCAAAAAAAUCUUCUGGGCCAGUAUGAAAAAUAAAAUAAAAUAAUGUAUGCACUCACUAACUGUAAGUCGCUCUGGAUAAGAGCGUCUGCUAAAUGACUUAAAUGUAAAAUGUAAAUGUGCUUCAGUCCAUUCUCUUAUCCAGAGCUUCACCUUCUCUCCCUUAGACUGUCGUUCCUGGGGUCCCUCCUCCAACCAGAGACACUGCGACAGGAUUGGCUGGAGCUGGCCCUUACCCACGAUGCACCUCAACAGAGUGACACACUGACCACAGAUGGACAACCAAGAUGGCACUCCCAUUUCUUCAGCUGGGGUUAUGGUCGUCUCUUAUCCCUACUGAUCCGCCUUCCAGCUGACCUGGCCUCCAAACAGAAGAUGGCUGAGACAUGCAGGAGCCACGGGUAAAGACCAUAUAUAUAUAUAUAUACUACCAGUCAAAAGUUUGGACUUUCCUACUCAUUCAAGGGUUUUUCCUUUAUUUUUACUAUUUUCUACAUUGUAGAAUAAUAGUGAAGACAUCAAAACUAUGAAAUAACACAAAUGGAAUCAUGUAGUAACCAAAAAAGUGUUAAACAAAUCAAAAUAUAUUUUAUAUUUGAAAUUCUUCAAUUAGCCACCCUUUGCCUUGAUGACAGCUUUGCACACUCUUGGCAUUCUCUCAACCAGCUUCAUCUGGAAUGCUUUUCCAACAGUCUUGAAGGAGUUCCCACAUAUGCUGAGCACUUGUUGGCUGCUUUUCCUUCAAUCUGCGGUCCAACUCAGCCCAAACCAUCUCAAUUGGAUUGAGAAUGCCAAGCGUGUGCAAAGCUGUCAUCAAGGCAAAGGGUGGCUAUUUGAAGAAUCUCAAAUAUAAAAUAUAUUUUGAUUUGUUUAACACUUUUUUUGGUUACUACAUGAUUCCAUAUGUGUUAUUUCAUAGUUUUGAUGUCUUCACUAUUAUUCUACAAUGUAGAAAAUAGUAAAAAUAAAGAAAAACCCUGGAAUUAGUAGGUGUGUCCAAACUUUUGACUCGUACUGUAUAUAUAUAUAUAUAUAUAUCAUGUGUGUAUACUUGAUUUCUGCCAGAGGGGGGCGAUAUCAUGUCACCAUUAAUACAGGCUAAUGUUUGUCAUGUGUACCUGUGUUGUUAGGACUGUUAUAAUGACUGUGUUCUCUGUGCAGCUACUGGACUGGCUAUGUGUACCUGUGCUGUGAGCUCCAGCGUCGGACAGAGGCUUUCUCUACCAUCUGUAGACUGGAUGACAUGAGUCUGCUGGAGGAACCCAAUGGUAAUGACUGUCAUAAUAAUCAUUUGAAUGAAGAAGGGAUUAGCCUCUCAAUGUGCCACUACUACGGUUUAAUAAAUACUGGUCCACAUGAUCACAACCCUGAAUGCUCUUAUUUCUCUCUCUCUCUAACUCUUUCUCUCUCUAACUCUCUCCUUGUGUGAUUCUCAGGCAUGGUGCCUCAGACCAUGGAUGAGUGGAAGAUGCUUCUCCAGCUGUCUCAGCAGUGUAGUAACAGCAGACCGUCUAACCAUAUUCCAGCCCCGGCUCCUACCCCCUCCCCGGCUCCUUCCCCCAACACAACCAACCUGACCCUAACCCCAUCCCCAGCUCCUACCCCAUCCCCGGCUCCUACCCCAUCCCCGGCUCCUACCCCCUCCCAGACUCCUACCCCCUCCCCGGCUCCUACCCCCUCCCCGGCUCCUACCCCCUCCCCGGCUCCUACCCCAUCCCCGACUCCUACCCCCUCCCCGGCUCCUACCCCCUCCCCGACUCCUACCCCCUCCCCGGCUCCUACCCCCUCCCUGGCCCUAGCCUCCAACGGGACCAGCCCCAGCCUAACCAACGGUGGCUCUGCAGCCGACCGUAUCCAGACAGAGGUGACUCCAGAGAACCUGGUCCUGUGUCUGGCCAGGGCUGUGGGCCCCGACCGGGCCCUGGGGGCCCUACAGGAGGUGGGGCUGCAGUCGGACAUGGAGCUGGGGCCACACUCCACCCUGGUCUGUGAGCUGCUCCGUGUGGCUGAGAAGAGACAGAGGUGA